ACACUCCCACACAGACAGCAGACAAGCUGAGAGCUCAUUCACUUAGAACAAGGAAGACGGCUCUGUGAACCACAUACGACUCAUCAUGUGCAGAGGACGCGACUCGCUGCCUAUCACCUGCCUCGAAAGGGCAAAAGAGCUGAAAGCUCUGUUUGGGAGUUUGCUACAGAAGUCAGACAGCAUCACUGGGCACUCAAAGAAAAGCGACAAACUGAGGUUUAAUGUUGAGGAGCCUCUUAAAUGGAAGGAAUCAUUUGACAAUCUGUUGACCAGCCCAAAUGGGCUGUGUCUUUUCAGAGCAUUCCUGGUGACAGAGUUCAGUGAGGAAAACGUUGCCUUUUACUUGGCAUGUGAAGACUACAAAACAACUAAGCCUUCAAAACUAGCUAGCAAGGCAAAGAAAAUCUAUGAUGAGUUCAUCGGCUCCGACGCACCCCGUGAGGUAAAUCUCGACCAUGAAACCAAAGCAAUCACCAAAGAGAACAUGGAGCAGCCCAGCCAGUCCUGUUUCAAUGUGGCCCAAUCCAAAAUCUACACCCUGAUGGAGAAAGACUGCUACCCUCGCUUCCUCAAAUCCUCAACAUACCUGGAGCUCACCAGGAAAACCAAGACGGGCUAAAAGACUGGAAGA